AUGGCUAAGGAAGUUGAGAAACUGAAGGACGGAGCAAAGAUGUUCAAGGCAGUUGCUCUAAUGGCGAGGAAACGUGCCCAACAGCUGGUGGUGGAGGAUGACAAAGGUAGACUUGUAGGUAACACUACUGAGUCCCUUGACAUCAUCAGAUCCCACUUCAAUACACAGUUUAACCGGCCUGAUGCUUCACCGGUCCUCCCGUUUCACGGAGAUCCCCGACCUCUUCAAAACCCGAUUACAGCUCAUGAAAUGUAUUCAUGCAUCAAGAAACUCAACAACAACAACAGAGCCUGUGGACCCGAUGGGGUUAAUGCAGAAUGUUUGAAGUACGGAGGUGAGACGCUGGCCCAAGCCCUGGCUCAAUGCCUGAAUUGCAUGUUUGAGACGCAUCAUCCAAUUGAACUCGGACAAGGCACGUUAAUACCCCUGCCGAAGCCUAACAAAAAGAAGGGACCUCCCGGAAAUCUUAGGUCUAUUGUGCUGCUGAAUUCAACCAGAAAGGCCCUUUCUCUCCUUACACUGCGACGCAUCCAGCCAGCAGUGGACAGCUAUCUGAGUGCAUCCCAUAGUGGCUUCCGUCCUGGCAGAUCCACGGCUGAUGCAGUCUGGACGCAUCGCUGGCUAGCCGCUAUCACCCAGAAGUACCAUGCCACCAUAGAGAUACACGGAAUAGAUAUGAGCAAGGCAUUCGACACAAUAUCGAGAGAGAAGCUGCUCACGGUGGUCCAUGGCAUCGUGAAGGAGGAUGAAGUCCGACUGAUCCGAGUGCUUCUUUCCAAUACAAGCCUAUCUGUGCUCGCGUGUAAGCAGCAGUCAUCGGAGUUUGAGACCAUGAUCGGCACCCCACAGGGCGACUGCCUAUCUCCAGUUCUUUUUGUCAUUUACUUGGAAUCAGCGCUACGUGAUCUCAGGGCCACGUUACCUCCCAGGCCGCCGGCUGAUGAUCUCUUGCCUGGGGAAGUUAUCUAUGCAGAUGAUACGGAUUUUCUGAGCAGCUCACGGACAUGGUUGGACAGUAUCAGCCCGAGCAUAACUGAGGUCCUCAGAGAAUGGCAUCUCAAAGUGAACGAAGAGAAAACUGAGCAAACAACACUACGCAGAGAAGGGGAUCGUCUAGCGGAAGUCUGGAGAAAGACACGUAAGCUUGGGUCACUUCUGGGUGAUGAACAAGACGUGAUCAGAAGGAAGCAGCUCGCAACAGCAGCUUUCAGGUCACUCUUUGUUGUGUGGUGUCGACGAGAGCUUAUUAGUGAGAAGCUGCGCCUGAGGCUCUAUCAGGCGUUUGUCAUACCAGUACUGACUUACAACGGCGGAACAUGGGGCUUGACGGUGGCUUUGGAGCAGAGUCUCGAUUCCUUCCACCGUCAGCAACUGCGAUCACUCCUUGGCAUUAGUUGGCCUCAGAAGAUGACGAAUGUCUCUUUGUACGCCAGGUGCAAAGCUGAGCCAAUCAUCAACAUUCUCAAGCGUCUGCGGUGGCAACUCUUUGGUCACAUUCUCCGCUUGCCAGAGGACACCCCAGCAUCAUUGGCAAUGGCGGCGUAUUUCACGCACGAUGAGAAGACCUGGCGAGGACGCCCACGUGUCACAAUUGUCACGAAGCUGUCGGGAGACCUGGCAGGAACGGAUAAUGGAAGGCUUGUGUCGCUUGGUGACUUGCAGCGCCUACGGAUCCUGGCAAGGGACCGUGCAGGGUGGAGAGGACUCUAUGCCGUCGUAUGUUCCUCUUGA